GGUUUGUAAUUGUUUACUGAAUUCGGUUGAAAAUGUCAAUUUGUCCAUGUCAUGUGACUGUGGCUGGAAUUCUUUCACGUGGAGUUUGGACGAGGUGGGAAAGGUGAAUUAUUUAACUAAGCCGACAUCAGAUUUUUAUUGACUAUAAUAUAGUCAAUGUAUAUUAUACACUGAGCAGUUGUUUGGCCCAGAUAAUGGUACGUCCUGUGGCUAAGAAAUAAUGAUUACGAUUACAUAAGAAAUCUAUGCUAAUGAGUCUGAUAAUAGUAACAUUUUUCUAUUAUUCAUUGUAGGCUAUGUGAAAUCUGAACAUUUGUCUUUCAAGAAUAAAAGAAGAAAAUGGCUGCCUCAGAAAUCAGGCUGAUCCAUUUGGACCUCAAGAGAGCCCCUCUUAAAGUAGAUUUUUUAGAAAAGCUGUUUCCAGUGCUGGCAGCAUGGGGAGCCACUGGUCUGCUGUUGGAGUGGGAGGACACGUUCCCUUACUUUGGCCGUCUUGCGGGUGUUGGUUCCCUCGCCUCUUCAACCCCUGUCUAUUCUGAAAGUGAUGUUCGAAAAAUUCACGAUUUGGCCGUGGAAAAUAACUUGUCUGCUAUCCCAUUGGUCCAGACCUUCGGCCAUUUGGAGUUUGUCCUGAAACAUGGAGAAUGGCGGGAGUUGAGAGAGGUGCCACACUAUCCAUCCUCAAUCUGCCCCUCCCAUCCUCUUUCCCUGCCACUGGUUACUGAAAUGUUGGACCAGAUGAUACAGUUGUCCCCGGCAGCUAGACACAUACACAUUGGAGCAGAUGAGGUGUGGCACCUAGGUCUGUGCUCCUUGUGCACAGCCAAAUCCAAAGAGAGGACGUUCUUGUUGCACGUUACAGCGGUGCUCUCUCACUUACGCAGUCGAUAUCCUCACAUUCGACCGAUCAUGUGGGACGACAUGCUGAGGAAUGUAGACCAGUCAGUAUUACAAGAAUUUAAAAUUGGAGAUUUAGUGGAGCCAAUGGUGUGGCAUUACCAGCCUGCCCAAACAUUUUCACUAACAAAAGAAAUGUGGCACAAGUACAGUCAAGUGUUCCCUCGGAUUUGGUUGGCUUCGGCCUUCAAGGGGGCGACAGGCAGCUGUCAGCUGUUGCCAGUCAUUUCACAUCACGUCUCUAACCAUCAACAGUGGCUUGCUACCCAGGAGCAGAUCAGUGACAGGUUUCAGCAAGUCUGCGGCAUCGCUUUCACUGGCUGGUCCAGAUACGAUCACUAUGCCACCCUGUGUGAACUGUUACCUCCUUCACUUCCUAGCUUAGCCCUCUGCAUUCAAAUUUGGUUGAGCCGCCAGUUCAAUGAGGAGGUAUUUCGUUCUGUAUCAAAGCAGCUCGGGUAUACAGAGAACAGUUUUUCCCUCAACCCUUAUCCAAGACCCCAGCCAAUACCAAAAGAGUUGGGUUUCCCAGGUUGGAAGGUAGCUGUGGGUGUAGAGUGGCUGGCCAAUUUACGAGCAAAACAAAACCAUGUUUUGGAUAGUGACCAAAUCCAAACAUGGCUAAAUCCUUGGCAAAUAGAAAACAACUUCACCAACCCCAUGCAGAUCGAGAGUUUACAUUCAGUUUUUAAAGAGUUGGAGCAAGAGUGGCAAUCAUUGGAAAGAUACCUUCUCCAGCAUCUGCCUGAAGUAUACUAUGAGAGGACUAUCUCAGAGUGGGUCAGUACUUUAGUGGCACCUUGUACCAGGAGACUACGUGAGAUCUCAGAGGCUACCUCCAGACAGCUUCAAAUCAACAGCUAGCAGAAGUGUGUUUAUAAUUUUCUUAUUCAUACGAUAGGAAUAACUAUUUAAGGUUUGUGGUGCAGAAAACUAUUUAAUUUUCAGGCAUUCCUUUAUUUCUUCUUCUGUUGAAGAUAUUUAUAAACAAUUGCAGAGGUCUAAGGUCCGAAAAAAAUAUUCACGGAACUGUCACGAUGUUGUUAAAAUAAUACCUACCAACUUUUUUUUAUGAAUCUUAUUUAUGUUGAUAAGUAUUUACAAGUUCUGAUCUGUAAUAGGGAUACGCUAUAAAUUUAUUUUCUGUGUAUGCAAUAGUUAAUUUUCAAUAAUAGUAACAGCAACAGUGUGUAAGCAACCUGUGAUCAUUCUGUCAGCCUGUAAUAAGUUUCAUAAGAUCAUAUUCAUUUAGUAUUGUAGUGUUUCCGCUUUUUCUCAUAAGUUUUAUCCAUUUGGUUUAGCUCUUCUACAUAGAUGACAUACAUGUUGUAUGCAAACAGACAUAUCCUAUUAAUAUCCCCUUAAAAGAAAAAUGGAAGAAUAUCAUAUUUUAAAUAUAAUCAAUAAUGUGAAAUAUUUUGUAAUUAUUUAUAUAUUCUGUAAAGACCUAUUUACAUACAUCACUGGUAUUACUUAGCACUAUGUAUAGUUUGUAUAAAUGGCUGCUGUUAAGUCUUCAUCUUGAAUAGUGCAUUUUAUUUUAAGAAUUGUGUUUUUAAAUUUUAUGGGAAUUUAUAAAGUUUUCUAACCAAUAAAAUCACUUCCCCCAACUUCUUCUGAAUAUUAUAUGAGAUUUUUUAAAUUAAUUUGGUAACUAAACCAUCAUUAGUUUCAGUGUUAUUAUACACCUUAUAGUUGAUGGUAGUACUAAAUUUAAAGUAUUUUAUUGCUGAAUCUAAGUAUUAAAAUAGUUGAAUGAUGUAUCAAAGUUAUAUCCUUCUAUAUAUCUAAAUACUGUAAUUCUUUUAAGAUAUACAUUUUAAUUUAUUGUUUAAGCCAUAUAUUUUAAGAAAUUAUUUAAAAGAAUUAACUAUAUUAAAGCAUAUUUAAAUUAAGGGUAUUAGACUAUAGCCAAAUUUUAAAAUGUCCUACUUUAUAAAGUUAUAGAUACUAGAGCCUGAAGAUGAAUAUAUACGUUCCCACUGGUCCAGUUGUUUAUACUGUAUGAUAUAAUUAAAUUUGUCAUAGAAUUUAAAGUAUUAAACUAUCCACUGUAUUUAGCACAGUGAAGUAAAAAUUAUACCUUAUUUUGUAAUAUUUUUGUGAUAAUUGAAUCUAAUAAUGAGAUAUUAUACUUGUUUGUACAUAAGCAGUGCACUCUCUUAUUACUAGAUUUGUGUGUAAUUGUAAUCUUGAUGCUAGUCUUGUUUUAAUUGUCUGUCAUUUCUUUAUUGUACUACAAUACAUCUAUACUAUUAUAUAAAAAUCUGUUUGCCUGUGUAUUUUGUGUGUGUGUGUUAUGUAAAAACUACUGAAUUGAUUGUACUGAAAUUUUACAUGGAAAUUCUUAGGGUCCCAGGUUAACAUAUAAGCUUAUUAUUAAUUUAAAAAUCCAUUUAGGCUACACCCCACUGGUCUCUAAAGUUUUGAGAAAUCCUAUCUUGGCCUCUAAAGUUGCAUUACAGCAAAUAAAUAUUAUUAAUUGAUAGAA